GGUAUCUAGCAUUUUGGAUAAGUUCUGCCAUAUUAUUGGUGUAGUUGAAACUUACCUCACUCUACGAUCAAGGGGGAAAGCUAAUAGAGGGGGCUGAGCAAAUACAAUGAGGAGCCUUGGCCCAUUCCACAUGAAGUUAAAACGCCUGAGUUCACUCCGCGUUUUGGGGGAAAAAAUACAGCAGCCGUGGAGAGGGGGAAAAAAGGUUGUUUCGAGCCCAGUGACCCUGAGAUGCUGUCAGACCUGCUGAAUUUCUCCACGUUUUCAUUUUUGAUUGAGUUUUUCCAGCAUCUGCGGUUUGGUUUUAUUGCACGUGUGAAGUUGAUGCCUUCCAAUUUAUUUCCUUAUAAAUUCCUUUGCAAGAUGUGGCUAUCACCAACUAAGCUAAUAUGUAUUACCCAUUUCUAAUUGCUCACGGGAAAAUAGUGAAUAAAGCAAUUUAAAACAAGGACGUCCCAGAGGCUGGCAGGAACCCGGAAAGUUGAACCUGAAAUUGCAGCCCGUACAGAAUCUGGAGUAACCGGCUGCUCAGCUUCAUCUCUGAGGAAGGCAAUAGGAAGUCCCGGACUGGAAUCCAGGAGCUGAGCCGAUCCAAACCACGAACUGGAUCUGGCUCGCCAGCAGCAGGAGCCUGUUGCUGUCGGCGGCUCGGUGACGCUGCACUGUCCGCCGCUCGAUCACAAUCCCCAGGGGUGUGACGAGGAGCGGCUCUGCUGCUGUGAGAGGGAGCCGAGUGAGUCCUGCUCGCUGCCCGCCCGAUGGGGUCUGAAGAGCAGAGCCUGGGUGAGAAGUUACUGGAAGAGGAGGAAACCUACCCCCAUCCCGGGGGCUCCGUGCGGGUCCUGCAGAAGGGCAAUGGACGAGCACUGCCAUUCUGCCGGAAGAUCUGCUUUGCUGUUGGAGGUGCACCAUAUCAAAUGACAGGAAAUGCUAUUGGUUUCUUCCUCCAAAUAUUUCUGCUGGAUGUUGUUCAGAUGGAGGCUUUCUAUGCAUCUCUGAUCUUGUUCAUUGGUCGAGUUUGGGAUGCUUUCACUGAUCCUAUUGUUGGAUUCCUCGUCAGUAAAAGCAGAAGGACAAGAUUUGGCAAGUUGCUUCCUUGGAUAUUAUUUUCCAUGCCAUUUGGAGUUGCUUCUUAUUUCCUGUUGUGGUUCAGUCCUUCCUACACAAUGUCGUGGAAAUACAGUUUCUUCUGGUAUCUUAUGACCUACUGUGCAUUUCAUACCUGCAUGAGUUGUUUCCACGUGCCCUAUUCUGCUCUAACCAUGUUUCUUGGUGGUGGCCAGCGUGACAGAGAUUCAGCGACUGCAUAUAGAAUGGGAGUGGAGGUUGUAGCAACACUGGCUGGAGCUGCUAUUCAAGGUCAGAUUGUGGGAGCAUAUCACAUACAAACUGCUGAAACAUGCCGCAUGAUGCAGAAUGGAACAGAACUCAACAACACCUCCCCGUUGGUAAACAGCCUUAAUAACACGAAAUGGGCUUACAUGCUGGCCGCCAUGGUGAUUGGGAGCCUUUACUUUCUCUGUUCAUUGAUUCUGUUACUUGGAGUAAAAGAGCACACAGGAGGUUUUGCUCCAAAAGAUCAUCUCCAUGUGUCAUAUGUAACAGGCCUGAAGUUGGUAAUGAGUCACAAGCCAUACCUAAGCCUAACAUUUGGCUUUUUAUUUAUCUCAUUGGCUUUUCAGCUCGUCCAAAAUAAUUUUGCUCUGUUUUGCACCCACGCUGCUGGUUUGGGAAAUCACUUUCAGCACAUCAUCUUUGUGAUUCUGGUCUCUGCAACUGUCAUGGUACCAUUCUGGCAGUGGGUCUUGGUAAAAUUUGGCAAGAAAAUAGCACUGUUUGUGGGACUUAUUUGGUACAUUCCACCUUUGAUUAUCAUCGCCACAGUUAAUGGUAAUCUGCCAGUUAUUAUUGUCAUGGCCAUUGCUGCUGGUGUUAGCCUUGCUGUUGCUUUCUUGUUGCCAUGGUCAAUGCUCCCAGAUGUAGUGGAUGAUUUCAGAGCAAAGAACCCUCACUGUGUAGACCUUGAACCGUUGUUCUACUCAUUCUAUGUGUUUUUCACUAAAUUUGCUGCUGGAGCUUCUCUUGGAUUUUCAACUUUAUGUUUGCAUUUUUCAGGUUACAGACCAGGUUCCUGUGAAUACAUUUCAGCUGUGGCAAUGACGCUGAAGGUGUUGAUAGCACCAGUUCCGAUAACCCUGCUGUUGAUUGGUUUAAUAAUAUUUUACUUUUAUCCAAUAAAUGAGGCACGAAGAAAAGAAUUAAAGAUGGAGCUUGAAGGAGUUGUGAAAAGCUGGGAAAUGGAACUGGAAGAGAAUACCCUUUAAAAACAACCAUCCCCAUUGUAAGAACUGAGAUCUUUGCAGAUUCUGGCUUCAGUUGGAUUGAGAUGCAGAAUUCUUGGAAUGCAGGUGUAUGGGCUAGUCGUCACCAAAGUGUGCCUCCUUGUGUAUAUUACAAAAUAUGGCUCAUGACUGAGUUGAGCUGUCAUGUAGACACAGCUCUAAAAUGCAGACUGAAGCAGAUGUCAACAAAUCAAAUGUCUCUUUACCCAAACUACAACAUGAAACUAAAAUAAAGGGAGUUUAUAGUUUUUUUUUUACUUUAAAGAAUGUUUUCCAGUUUGUAUCAAAUGACACACUAACUUAAGUUGUCUGCAGGAUGGUUUCCUGAGAAGAGCUGAGCAACCUCUAGUGCUUUGAGCAGAGGUAUGCAGCCUGAGAGAAUGACUACAAACUUCUCUCUUGAUUUCUGCUUUUCUUUCCCUCCCAGUUAAGGCCACAGUGAAAGUAAACAGAAGAUAGGAUGGAAUCCUAUACUUCAGUAGUCAUGUGCAAUAAAAAUAACAUUUAUUUAAUCACGGUUGCCCACAUAAUAAAUUUAUAGGAUGCUGUUUGACAGAAUGAUAUAUAAAAAUUGAAUAAUAUGUUUUCAGCUAUUAUAAACCAAUUGUGAAAGACCUUGAUUAUUUUCAGGUUAGUUCCUCUUCUGUGCUGACCAACAUAGGAAAGGAUUUUUGUGUGUUUUGGAGCAAACUUGAAAGCAGUUCAUCGAAUAAAUGCUGCCCCAAACAAGCAACAUAGGAACCAAGCAUUGUGGGAGAGGUACACUCGAUUUAAUGCUGUAACUAUAGCCUAAUCCUAAACCCUCCUUUGUCAUUUAGUUUUUGUACUGAGCCAUUAUCUGAAAUAAUGGUAGCACAUGAACAAUAUAGCUAAAUCAUUACAGAACCAAGAUGCUUGAGAUCAGCAGCAAUUUGUUUUUGAAAAUAAAAUGAAAGCAAUGCCCUUGAGACAAGCGUUGAUGUGUUCUCCUCGUUUCCAGAGGAACAGUGUGAGCCUGAGCUUCAGCCUAUGAACAAAACAAUUACAUAAAAUACAUCAGUUAUAGGAGCUAAGCGGUAUGUCCAAGAAUUGUAUUAGUACUUAAAGGAUUUUUAAAGAAACUUGGAGAUAAUUUGAACUCUUGAUUUCACAGAUGACUCAUUGUACUUUUUAAAUCCUUACUGCCCAGUCAGUUAGUGGUGAUUCUGAAAAUAUGUUGCUGUUGGAAUUGUUUUGAAUGCAAUGAUGUAAUUAAUGUUACAAACAGCUUAGAGGGCAGGAAGCUAAACACAACCACUUCCUCCUCACAUGUAUGACUAACAUUUAAUGAUGAAGAAAGAAGAAUUGAGCUGAGUGUCUGUACUUGGACACUCAAAGGAUACAUUUUGGCUAAGAUCCUUAAGUGCUGCCCAAGGAUCAGUAGGAUUGUAAUAUUUUUCAGAGUUGGUGUGAAAUAUAAUUCAAAACAAAAAUUUAAUGUGAUGUAACUUGUGAAAUGUUUAUUACUGGACUACAGCAAAUAAUUCUGUGUUAUUUGAUCUACAUUCAUGUGUAGUAAACGUUUACAUCCCUGAUGAAACUUGCUAACAUUGUCAUGAAGUCCAAUGAGCAAAAUUAUUUCAUUCAGUACAGGUAAUCUAUACCAGUGUUUGUAUCUAUACAAUAAGUAAUGUAGCUACUCAGGAGGGAGAAAUUAAAGAUCACAUUGAUGAUUCAAAAACCUCAAUAGAGGAGAAGGGUGAAGCAACCAUUGGAGGCUUAUAUAGGACUAACAAACUGGAGCAUUAUCUGAGUCAUAAUCAGUAGAAGUGUACAAUACAAAUUAUAUGUAUAUGUUUAGGAAAUGUGAAUUUAUUGUAUAUUAACUAUUGCUGAAAAGUUGGUUCCUUUUUUGAAUGUUAUCUUAAGUUUAUAUUUUAUAUAUUCUGAACUUGCAGGCUGGGAUUUGAUGUACUUUUUGUUGCUGUGCACAACAUCUCUAUUAAAGAAAAGAGAUGUGUUUUGAGACUUCUUGGUCAGUAGUGAUUCCAUAAGCAUCUCUUCUAGAAAAUCUUACAAAUCUAGAUUAACUUUUGAUCUGUACUUCAUUGCCUUAGUUGUUAGUGUUAUGAGGGAGGAUGAAGGGUCUUGUGGAAUAAUAGUAGUACCCCUACCUCUGAGCCAGACGAUCCAGUUGGAAUUCCACAUGGACAUGUUAUGUCACACCUCCAGACAAAGAAGGUUGACAAUAACAGCUCUCUUAGUUAUUUUUUUAUGAAAUGGAUAGCAUCCUUAUCUCAGAGUCAAAAUCUCUCGGUUCAAGUUCUUAGUUGAGAGCUUGAGGCCAAGGAAUUUGCAUAGAAGUUAGACAGCUUUGUCAAAUGUUAGGAAAAACAAUCCAGGCCACACUGGUCUCUCUUCAUAGCUAAAUCACUCCAGCCUAGAGAACAUCACAAUGAAUCUCUAGUACAAUCACAUCAUUCCUGUAGUGCAGUGACCAG